UCAUCGAGGCCAUUCCGAGACAGUCUUGAAGAGGUUCCUGGUUUGAUGGACGAAGAGGGCCCUGAUCGAAGACCACCCACGAAAAUGGAGAGGAAGACGAGUAUAUUCGAGUACUACUCCUACAAUCCUGGACAAAUAAUGCCCUCUUCAGGUACUGGACCGUUAGUGGGAGUCAUCGACCUCGGCACUCGGACGACGGGAUUCGUGGUCUUCAACGCAAAACACGUCGCUCAAGUUGCCGCGCACCAUGUGGAUAUCGAAGAACUUAAUCCAAAUGAAGGAUGGGUCGAAGUGGACAUUAAGGAGGUUUUCCGUUCCGUGGAAAUUUGUAUCGAAGAAGUAGUUAAACAACUCGAAGCCAUGAAUUUAAGCCUUUCGUUAAUGGUCACCAUUGGUAUCACCAAUCAGAGGGAAACUACGGUGGCGUGGGAUGAUAAAACGGGUGAUCCACUCUGCAAUGCAAUAGUUUGGUCCGAUAUCAGGACGGAUACCCUCGCUGAGCAGAUAAUCGCCAAGUUUCCUGAUAAAAGUAAAAAUUAUUUAAAACCGAUAUGCGGAUUACCGGUUAAUCCCUAUUUUUCGGCUUUGAAAAUUCGCUGGUUGAAGGACAACGUACCGGCAGUCAGAAAAGCAAUGCGCGAAAAGCGGUGCAAAGUUGGAACCAUGGAUACGUGGUUAGUGUGGAAUUUAACAGGAGGUAAAAAUGGAGGUCUGUACAUCACCGACGUAACGAAUGCUUCAAGGACCAUGCUCAUGAACAUAGAAUCUCUGGCAUGGGAUCCUAUACUCUGCAGGUAUUUCGACAUUCCGAUGGAAAUUUUACCGCAAAUCAGGAGCAGCUCUGAAAUUUAUGGUACAAUUACCGACGGACCGUUAGAAGGCAUUAAAAUAUCCGGGAUUCUGGGCAAUCAACAGGCGGCGCUAGUCGGACAAACCUGUUUGAAGCCAGGCCAAGCAAAGAAUACAUAUAGAAGCGGAUGUUUUCUCCUCUGUAACACCGGAACUAAGAGAGUGCAUUCGUCCCAUGGGCUAGUAACAACAGUGGCAUACCAAUUAGGUCCAAACAAGCCGGCAGUUUAUGCUUUAGAAGGUUCCGUGGCCGUUGCAGGGGCAGCUAUAAAGUGGCUAAGAGACAAUCUAAAGCUCAUCAGUGAUGUCAGUGAAUGUGAGCAUUUAGCAGAAAGUGUUUUCAAUACGGGGGAUGUUUACUUCGUACCUGCGUUUACUGGUCUUUAUGCUCCUUACUGGAGACAAGAUGCCAGAGGAAUUAUCUGUGGCCUUACUGCAUUCACUACCAAGAAGCAUAUUAUAAGGGCGUCUUUGGAAGCCGUGUGUUUCCAAACGCGAGAUAUUCUUGAAGCUAUGUAUAAGGAUUGUGGCUUACCUUUAACGAAACUGCAUACAGACGGGAAAAUGUCGACCAAUAAAUUAUUGAUGCAACUGCAAGCAGAUCUUUGUGGAACUCCUGUGUUUAGAUCAAUAAUGCCAGAUACCAGUGCGUUGGGUGCCGCUAUGGUAGCAGGCAACGCAAAGGGUAUAGACGUUUGGGAGCUGGAAGGCCACCAAGUAGAGACGGUAAAAGUUGAAACAUUUUUGCCCACUACCACUCCAGAAGAGCGGGAUUUGAGGUAUAAAAAGUGGAAAAUGGCCGUGCACAGAAGUUUAGGAUGGGCGGCGAUGAAAAUAUCCGAUAAUAUGACAGAAGAGAGAUAUCGGAUUUUGGCAUCGAUCCCAGCCAGCUGGUUCAUAAUGACAAGUUUCAUCCUAUUGCGAUUAAGUUAUCACGUAGAAACCCGGUGACGACAAGUCUACAGUGCUGUGCUGAAACCCACAAUGCUUGGCAGAUAACCUCAGAGAAGAAUCAAACGAUUUUUUAAAUCGUUCUCAUAUUUGAACAAAUGGGGAGACAUUUAAAAAGAAUAUCGUUACAGUUAGCUGCGUUUCAACAAGUCGGAAGAUGUGAAUCCAUUCCAGUUUUCCCAUUAAUUCGUGUUAUUGUAAAUUGACUUUGGGAUGGUGUCAUGAAUCACAUUACUCACUCGUUAAGUGCAUUAUUAUCGAAUGGCAAGUCAUGGUACCAUUGUUCAACUGCCUUGCCAUACUAGUCGGUUUAAAGAAAAAAGUUAAACCCACAUAUAGGCAGUAAAAUUUAAAGUAAAGUAACGUACAAGUAUUCACAAGUGACCAUACUUCUGUUAUCGAGUGCUGAUACAACAUAGAAUGUUCACUAGUUUCUACUUGGAAUAGGCGUAUUAAAAUCAAUGUACAGGCACUAUAUAUUUCUAUUAUUCACAAUACUAUAAUAGUGAAUGUUUGCCAUUAUUUGUUUGGCACGGUUAUGCAGGAUACAUAGCCAUAUCACACAAAUCUAGUUUUGAUAGAGACAUUUGAAAGGAUUUAAUGAUCCUGUGACAAAAUUCUCACAUGGGUUUCGUUUAUUAAGUAUUUAUUUCAAAUGAAACACAAUUUUUAAAAGUAUCUAGUAUGUUUUACUACCGUUCUUUUCAAACGUGUAUUUUUAUGUCUGUAUUAUACGAUAAAUUGCUGCUUUAUAAAAAGUAAUAAUUUUGUGGUGAUGUUAAAAUAGCAAAGUAUAAAAGUACAACGAAAAUAUAAAUACCCUGUCAUUUUAGAAAUUCAAUGUAUUAUCCUAGAGCGAGUUAUAUUGCGUAUGAAAAUAUUUGUUGCUAUUAAAUUUGCAAGGCUCAUGUCGCAUCGUUUUACAUAUCGGACUACUUAAAUGUAUUACGUGGUGUUACUUUACAAUAGUUGCUUAUGUAUUUAUUUUUUGUUAAGUCUUUUGGUUCCCUGUAAAACAUCUCGAUCUCCUAAAUAAUUAACUACAAAUACACAGCUGUUAAUAAAAAUAUCCAAUAAUUUAGGUAACGGUUGUCAUUAUAUCUGAUCGUACUGAAAUCAUGGAGACAUUGUAUAUUAUUACAGCACAUGUCAUGUCGAAAGCACAACUUGUCGUACGUUGUCAGGUGCCACUGAUUAAUAAAUAACCCCGACCAAUUCAAAUGUCAUAAGCCAAACCUCCUCCCCCAGUACGCAGCGUUAAUCGAUUACGAUUUAAAAGCCUUCCUUACGAAUUAUAUCAAUUGUAAAUAAAAGCUUUUGAAAAUAAA